GUUCUAUUUUCCGUCACAAUAUUCGUCCUUUUCCACAAAAUGAUGAGUAAACAUAUACGUUUUGUAAUUUAGAUGUCCUGGUCGUGUGAAGGAGAUACAACUGUCAAUAUUGUUAUAAUUUCCAAAAGGAAUGGAUAAUGAUAAAAGGAAAAGCCCUCGAAAGAAAAGGCGGAAAAGAAUUCAGCUUGAUGAAGAAGAAUCAAGUCUGUCGGCAUCAAAGAAAAGGACAGAAGUUGGAAAUGAGACCUUGGAAUCUGUAGCUCUCUCUAAACCUUCGAGACGAAAAUCAAAGAGUGUGGGAGGAAUGGGUCCCCAUUCUACCCAGUCUACACAGUUGAGCCAUCCUGGCCAGGGAACAGAUGGUGGGGAUGGUACAAGCACAUCUGCAGGUGGCUCUCAAGUUCCCACCGCCAUGUCCAGCUCUGAUCCUGAUGGGGCUACAAACUCAACCAGGUCUCCGAACUCAUCCCCAGAGCCCAACUGUGCUAUAUGCCUGAGUAAACUGGAAAAUAAGUCAUUUACAGACAGCUGCUAUCACAUGUUUUGUUUCGUUUGUCUUAUGGAGUGGUCUAAGGUGAAGGCAGAAUGUCCCCUAUGCAAGCAGAAGUUCAGCAGUAUUGUCCACAGUGUGCGCUCAUAUGAUGACUUUCAGGAGUACCACCUUCCCAAGCCGGAGGAGAGACUGCCGACCAGCCUGCACCAUAUGUGGGACCUUGUCCCACCGGGUGCUCGCUUCAGGUACAGGACGACUGUGACAGACCAUAGAUAUGCUGACCUGGCCUCCAACAUCCACCAGGAGAUCGAGAGUCGACUUCUACAGCGGCCAUCUCGACAUUUGCCCAUACCAAACUACCGCCGCCUCCGCCAACCUGCCAACAGCGAGUUCCGACGCAGUGUCUACCUGCAGCGACUGAGGCUGAAGGAGGACAGCAUGAGGACUCGGAGGAGAGUGCGGGAAACAUCAGCCACCUUCUUCAGGGAGAACCCAGCCCAGACCCACAGGCUUGUACCCUGGCUCAACAGAGAACUCAAUGCUCUGCUUCAGGGACAUGGAUCUCAAGUGGCAUUUGUGUUGGACAUGAUCAUGGGUGUAAUCACGCGGCACGCCAUUGACAGUGAGGAGUUUUACCAGCACCUGUUACCAUACAUCGGCCGCCACACCAGGCAUUUCAUGCGCGAGUUCCUGGCCUUUGCACGGUCACCUUACCACAUGGCAGCAUAUGACCGAAACACCUCGUAUGAAGCCAGCAAUGAACCCAAUAUCGACUCAAGCUCUGACACUGACCAUCAACUGACAGGAGAGGAUGAUGGCAAUGACAGUGAUGUGAUGGUGAUCUCAUCGCCCCCUCCCCCUAGCCGCCCUGGCCCCAGCUCCCUAACGCCCGACUUCACCCUCCCCAUGGGAUUAUCAAACUUCCUUGGGACUUUUCCACCUAUUGUGCGCUCAUACCCUCAGGAGGAUCUGUCUACAGCUGCUACUGGUCACAGGUCUGAUCUGUUUGCUCCACCAUCUGCAUCUGGAUGGGAUUCUCCUACAUAUCGGCCUCCCAGCCCACCACCAGCCCACAUGCAGCCAGUCAGCUUGUUCACCACUUCUUGUCCAGCAUUCCCACCUUGCCAGUACAUCAGUGGUUUUCCUAGUUUUCCCAAUGUGUAUGGCAUGGUGAAUGACAGAGUACGGGCGAUUUGUACCAGUAGACCCAUUAGCAGCCCAAGGGAAAUCAACCAUACGAACUCAGACAGCAGCGAUGUGGAAAUCGUUGAUGUGGAAAAGCCCUGGAAUGAGAGGAGUCCAAUCAGACUGUCGUCCGGAGCCGACUCUGACUCAGAUGUGAUGAUCACUGGCACCUCAUACCCUGGGGAUGACGAAAUGAAGAGGGAGAAGAAGAGAAAACAUCGAAAGAACAGAGAGGACACCAGAAGUGAUGAUCUCAAAGGUCAAGACACUAAUAAAGAGAAGCGACAUGAGCCACAAAGAUCAAGGCCUAAAAAGCAUAAAAAGAGGAAGCAUUCUCACGCUGGAACAGAAAGUGCAAGCCAGGCAGGGUCACCAGUUCUAAGGGUGACAAUGAGAAGUGCCUCAAGAUCAAGAUCACGCUCGCCUGUCAGAACAUCGCCAAAUAUAAGACUUAGAAUAGGAAGCUUUUCACAAGAAUCACAGUCUUCCUCCCCUGACCAGGAUGUUCCAAGGUCUGCUAGAUUGCCAAUUAAAGUAAGAUUGAAGUCCCAUCCCACAUAUACCCCCACAGACAGUAUGUUUUGGAGAGAUGAAUCACAUGGUCACAGUUAUAAGCCUCAGAGACAACCUUCAUCCAAAUCAGACUCAGAUGAGGAAACUGAUUCAAGCUUCUUUUCAAUCACUUCAAGGAAGCAUAAAGUAAAAACAGGUCGGUCAAGUAUUGAAAUUGUUGAAUACAGAAAGAAGAGCUCAAAAUCUAAAAAGAAGCACAAACAAAAAGAAAGUGGAAAACACAAGAAACACAAAAAGGAGAAAGACCAUUUACAAAGCUUGAAACAUAAACACAAAUCAAAAAAGAAAAAACAUAAGAAGGAUAAACAGGAACAAAGCAGCAAUACGUCUACCACGGAAGAGUCUUUUAAAAGCCCUAGAGCAGUAAAUGCCACUGAAGAAAGUAAAAGUAUGGAUGACAGUGUUCACUCACCUUGUUUUACAAGUGAUUCUGAUGCUGACAGCAAUUCUGACACGGAAGCAAUGCCAGAAGAUUCAAUUGAGGGAAAGAAAGGCAUACACCGCAAACGGAGAACCAGUAAACUGGUACCUGAAGAGGAAGAGGAUAGCACUCUGAAUGUGCCGGACGUAGCAUUUAAUGAUAUCACAGCCACCCAGGCAGCUGUCCUUGACCAGGAGAUAGAAUCCAUCAACAGGACUAUCUCCACCAAUGACUACAUUGGCUCCCUGUUCAACGACAAACCAGACGUCAACCAUUCACCAGUCACCCUUAACACUGAUCCAAAUAAACUGGUCAACCCUAAUGAUGUCUUCAACCUUAAGAAGUUCAAGAAGCAUCCGUUUGGUCAUAAAAAGUCCAGUAAAACAGCAAAUACUUCAAACAUUUUGUCUGUGCAGAUGACAAACAGUUUAGCAGAAGGAAAUUCUACUGAAGACAAAAUUCAGUCCAGUGAUAUCAGCUCAUGUACAGACAUUGAUAAUGAGUCAACAUUACCCUCCUUCUCAAGCCUUGUUGGCCGACCAUGCCAGUUUCCUUGGAAAAAUUCCGCCAGUAAUGGAUCUCAAAAACACAUGAGGAAACAGAAGCCUCAUAAUGUAAAUGCUUACGAUUCUCCUACAAGCACAGAAAGAGAUCAAGGAAAACCUCUUAUAAAUUUAGUACACCAGAAUUUAGAUCAUCAAUUUAUAGAUGUUGAGACAGUAUCUGAUGACUCUGAUAUAGAUGUUGUUAAUGAAGUUAGUGCUCCAUCUACCUCAAGUGACACUCAAAAAGUAUGUGUGGAAGAUAUAACCGAGCCUGUCAUCAUUGGUCUUGAACAUGGCAGCAGGACAGAUGAUAUACAAAGAAAUGCGGAAAAUUUCCUUUCUAGUCAAGGAGCACAUCUAAUGGUGUCCCCGUCUACACCUUGUCAAUCAGACAGGGAUAGAUAUGUUGUAGGUGAAGGAUCAUUCAUAACCUGUGAUCAUGCCUUUCUCCGCGAGCCUGAAUCCCAAGAUUCAGCUGAUGUUGUUGAUGUUGAAGAUAUCACAGAUGUUGAAGAGACAGUGGACUCGGACAGUGAUGUUGAUGUGGUAGUAGACAAUGGUGAGAGUGAUGUUGACAGUGACAAAGAUGACAUUAUUGAAUGCUCUGUUGUUGAAAGCCACAAAACCUUUGAAAUAGCUGAUGAAUCUGAUGGUGAAACUGUUGAACAUAUUGAUGUUGAUGGGGACUCAGAUGCCACUAUUGAGGAUGCUAACAUUGAUAAAAGUCUCUAUGAAGAUAAUUUUGAAGAAAAAUCCUUUUGUUCUGACAGCAAUGUACAGGAAAAUAGCAAUCAGGAAGUGAAUGCUACAGGAAAUGUUGAUUAUAAAACAGAUGUACCUGUGAUAAAUGUAGGGAGCUUAUUUCCAGUUACUAAUGACCUUUACACAAGAUCAUACAGUCAGUACUUUAAUCAAGAAACACCCCAUUAUGCACCAUGCACUCCAAUUUAUGAUAAAGAGACAUCCUCAUAUGACAAAAGUGAUGGUAAUUCCCUGCCUAGAAGUUCAGGUGAAUCAUCAGACAACUCGCAUGGGACUGGAAGGAGACCUCACUAUGUUCCGAGCACACCUAUUUACAGUCUUACCUCAUCAUAUGAUCCCAUGGAGGGCUCCCCUGUCUGUACACCAAAAAGUUGUGAACAAAAUUCAAAGAAUAUUUGUCCUGGGAAACAAAGAGAUAAUAAUGUUAAGGACGUCUCUGAUAACAUCAAUGAAAAUAAAAAUAAAAUAGUGGCAGAUAUUGACAACACAACUGAAGAUCAGCAACAUGUUGGCAACAGUGAAAAAUGUGAAGACAUUGCCAUUGAAGAAUACAAUGCAGAGAACUCUCAAAAUGAUGUUAAUGCUGACAUUAAAAAACACUCCACAUGGACUGAACAGCAACACUUGACUUCCAGUAUACAUGAAUAACAGAGUGCUGAAUGUACAGGUUGCCUUGACCAAGCCAAGCCGAGUUCUACUGCUGACACAGCAACAUCACAUUAGUGAUUAAGCAGUGGGAUCCAUUUAUGCUCACUUAAAAGUCUUUACACAGUCUAUGCUUCAAAGUCCUGUAAUAUUUUGGUUAAUGUAAGUUUGUUAAAUAUCAUUUUUAAAUAGGCAUCUUAGUUACCACUUUUUGUUAUGAUCAUUAUUUUUAAGAAUCAUUAGUUCCUAAUAUACAUGCAUAUUCAUAGUUCUUCACUUUAUAUUUAUUCACACUGUUGACAUGUAUUUACUGGUUUAAACCAAUAUCUGAAGUUUAAGCUCAUGCAAUUGUACAGAACAAAUAUAACUCCAUUACAUUUUGGCUUUUGUUGAUAUAUUACUGUGAUAAGGAUAAUUUGUCCAGAUUGGUUGUGGUUGUAUGUGAAAUAUUGUCAAAAGAUUUGUCUUUCAAAGUCAUUCUAUUUAUUUCCAAUUACACCAUUUAUUUCGAGAGCGUUUAUCGAUUAUAUGUGUUACUGUAACAGUGGAGCAUUCAAUCCUGUUUUGUUAUUUAUCUUUUAGAAACAUCAACUUGUACUGCCAUUUUAUAUACAUGUACAAAAUAGUGAAUCUUAUGAAGAUGUCUCUUGUUACAGCUCAUAAGUUCUGUUUUCAAGGAAAAAAGUCAUGUUAUUGUCAAAACCUUUGUUGUCAUUGCAUAUUUGCAAAUAUUUAUUGUAUUAUAGCACAAACAAAUAAAUCUAAAUUACCAGUGUUUGUAAAUGUUAAAGAUGUCAUCUGAACAAAUAUUUAAAACUUUUCAAGGAAGAAGCAUGUUAUAUGUGUACAUAAUUUCCAAGUGUCUUUAAAACACAAGAAGUUUACACCAAAUGCCUUGUAUUUGGGAUUUUCAUACAAGAACUAAAGUCACCUUGAGGGUAAGAUGGCAUUGGUUUUUAACGCUUUAAAAUGUUUUUUAAAUGUUAUGGGCCUUUUUUUUUACUGAAAACAGAUAAUCAACAGACUAGAGCUGGCGAUCUUGUCAAGUCUGUGUGGCCUCAAAUGUUUGCUUCAUGUAGUAGAACUGUAGUAGAACAGUGUGUUUUUACAUAAACAAAUCGAGAAGAGUUGAAGCAUAUUUCACCUGUUUCUGCAGCAGAAUGUUAUAGAUUGUAUAUUUAUAUGACAGAAUUUUAUUGAGGUUCUUUUGUGUUGGCAUUUAGUGUGUCUGUGAAGCUUUGCUUUUGUAUUUAUUAAUUAUGUGUAUAAAUCAUAGCUACAUGAAUAUUUUUAUAUUGCCCGUCCCUGAGGACAUUCACAGUGUCAGAAUUAUAACAUAUUUUAUAAUAAAUUAAUAAAAGGCCAUUUGCCCUAAUUUUUAUCAGUUACAUGUUUUGUAUGUGCUUAAUAAUAUAUUUUCUUGAAUUAAUUUAAAACAAAACUUAAAUGGUAUUGGUAAUCCUACCAUUACAUUGCAGGUAUUUUAUCUUAUUAAUGUCUAGUUUUAGUUAUUGCAUACCAGGUACCUAUUCAAAUAAGAAUGUGUGGUCUUCAUCCCUCCUGUCAUAUUAUACAACUGCCUGCCAAUGGGUCGAUUAUGCAUAACCUUGUUAAAGUUAAAAAGAUUAAUGUCAUAAUUGUAUAAAAGAUACAUGUUGUUAUGUUUAAACUUGUGUUCGGAGUGUAGUCUGUAGCGGUAAGAUUAUUUCAUAAUCAGGCAUAAUGUAUUUAUCUUAAAUAUUAAACAUAUAACAUUC